AUGGCAACAACUUCAGCUGUCCUUGCUCAGGUAACAACCAGUGGCGCAGUGGUUCGCUGCGGCAGCAACAAAACCAAACAGACAACACCCAAAGUGGUGUACAUUGGAGGAAUGAGUUCCUAUGGAGGUCUGAAAGCACACAGCAACAACAACGUGGUUUCCCUCGGCCUGCCACGGUGCACUGAGCAGUGCUUUGCUAAUGUUAUCAGCUCCUUGAAGAAGGCGCAUGGCGAAGGAAGAACAGGUGGGGGAGCGUUGUCCUCUACAUGCAACAAAGCGGAUGAGAUUUUCAACAUCGCAGUUAUCAUGAACGGGCUUGUUCUGAUCGGGGUUGCAGUUGGCUUUGUUCUUUUGCGUAUUGAAGCAUCCCUAGAGGAAUCUGAUCAGUGA